GCCCUUAUCCUGAUCUCACAUAUCUACCAAAUGUCAUCGUUUACAGGCCAUUUGGUGGCAACAGUGGCGAUUAUGUGUCUUGGUUCACUUCAGUUCGGUUAUCACAUGUCAGAGCUUAAUUCACCCGAAUCAAUCAUUUCUUGUUCAGUUUCAAAACCAGGCAGCGUUCCAUUUGAGGACACAUGGUUCGGUGAGCAUCAAUUUGCCAGAUGUAUACCCAUGUCAACGGAGCAAGUGGGAUUAAUUACUUCCAUCUUCAGUAUUGGAGGGCUUAUUGGAUCGUUGUACGUGGGAACAGUUGCAGAUAAAAUCGGUAGAAAGAAGACAUCCAUGCUUCACUGUGUAAUCUACUUUUUUGGAUCAUCGCUCAAUGGACUUUCUCAGAACUAUGGGACAUUAUUGGUUGGACGAUUUGUGGCUGGACUUGGUGCGGGGGCUGCCCUUGUGGUGACACCUGUUUUUAUCAACGAAGUGAGUCCUCCAGAUGCGAAGGGAUUCUUGGGAUCAAUGAAUCAAGUAUCGGUGAACGUAGGGAUCUUACUUACUCAGGUAUUGGCCCUUCGCUGGUGCAAUAAUAAUGAUUGGAGAUGGCUCUUAUUAACAGGAUCAAUCCUUGCGGUGGUGACCUUGGUAUUGAUUUUUGUCUAUGUUGACGAGUCUCCUAUGUGGUUAGUAAAUAAGGGAUAUCCCCAUGAAGCUUUGAGAGGCUUACACAGGCUUCGCGGAGGCGAGUAUCAUAGUGUGCGGUCAGAAGUAUCCAGCUGGUCUCAACCAGGAGAAGCAGAUCAGUUGUUGGACGAAGAAAUGGGUCGGGAAACAGCCAAUAGCCCAGCUCCUAAACCUACUGCAGUGUCUCUUGAUGUAUACCUCAAACUGCCUGAGUUCAAUCCCAGUAAGAUUGUUGCAACUGGAAUUCUCAUUUUGCAGCAGUUCUGUGGUAUUAAUUCGAUUAUUUUCUACGGUGUGUCUGUAUUGAUUUCCAUCUUCCCAUCCCAUUCGAUUAUCAUCAACUGCAUGAUUUCGGUCACAAACGCAGUCGUCACUUUUGUGGCCGCCGGUUUUGUUGACCGACUCGGACGUAAACCCCUUUUGCUCACAUCUGUCGCAUUCAUGGGUAUUGCCACUGUUCUCAUGGGGUUCGGUAUCCUCACCACUAACCCAUUGGCAUCAAUUAUUGGAACCUUUACAUACAUCACUUUUUUUGCAAUCGGCUUAGGCCCAAUUCCAUUCUUAUUGGUGGGAGAAGUUACUCAGCCAAGAGCUAAGGCUUCUGCACAGAGUUGGGGUACAACCAUGAACUGGGUGGCUACAUUUAUUGUUGGAUUUUUGUUUCCAAUUCUUAAAAGCUCAUGGAUUGGAGGUGGAGUGUACUUUAUCUUUACGGGCAUGUGCAUUCUUACAUUUGGAUUCAUCAAGACGCAAAUACCUGAAACUAAAGGCAAAUUAUCAUAUGAAGAGGUAUGGAAUAAAUAGUAUGAAUGUAUAACGGAACCAGUCUAA